AUGGACGCGGCGCACAUAGUGCUAGUGAUAACAUGCGUGAUCUUCGCCAUCCUGGUGAUUAUCGCAUCCAUCUACUUUCUUGUCUACUUUCAGCACCCUGACGACAAAUGGGUUGCAUGGGCUCCCAAAGUAUUGGUGGUUGUUGGAUUGUCGGUAUCUUGCUUCAACAUUUUCUUGUUGCCAUUGGAUGUGGCAAAUCAAGGAGGAACGUUUCAAGGAUCGAGCAGCUCGCUGCCAAUGUUUUCGUUAUCAUUGGCGUUUUAUAUCACGACUAUGGUGAUGGGGCUGUUGCUAGUGCCGUUCACGGUUUACUACUAUGAAGGCAUCGAUGAUUCUGAUGAGGCCGAUGAUAAAUCAAACAACAAGAGUCAAUUGGCAUAUGCCAUUAAAUGGAUGGUACCUACAAUCGUAGUCGUGGGCGUCAUGUACUUUUUGCUAUACUACUUUUUCGGAUACGCUGAUGUCGCUACGACUCAACUGGCUGGUGUCUUGGUGGCUACUAAUGUAACAACAAAUCUUGUUGAUACAUGUCAAUAUGGAUUGUCGAAUUCUACUUACUGUCAUUCCUCAUACGUAACUAUACAAGUCGGUGUAUCAUGGCUAGUCUAUGUGAUUGCCUUGACAUCAUUCGUUGGAUGGCUCCUAUUUUCAGUCUUCGGAGGUGUUGGAAUUAUUUCGCUGCCCGUUGAUUUGAUUCAAGACUAUCAACAUCGUCCUAAACCUAUCAAAGCUGCCGAAUACGCAGAAAGGAAAAAGAUGAUAGGACAACAAUCUCAAGUAUUGAUGGAAGCUGGAAAACAAUUAAUGGAAGAGUUGAAGUUGGCUUCUAGGACGACAGCUACACGCUUCACUAACCGGAAAUUCAGGAGGGUUAAGAAUCGUGAGUCUGAAUUUAGAAAGGACGUCAUGAUUCUUGAAGCACAUUACAGAUAUUUGGAAGAUUCAUACAGGAAUCAAGGUGGAAAUGCAUUAUUGCAAUUGGCUCUGUUUGUUUUGGGAAUUAUUGGUUGCUUCAUUUCCUUCUUCUGGGUCCUUCACGUCAUCCUAUACACCCUACCAGUAGUCACCGAUUCCUACCCAAUCUCUCCCUUCCUCAAUUCAUUCUUUGACUCUGUCAACCAAGUGCCAUUCCUUGGUAUUGCUUUCUACGCACUUUUCGCGUUCUACCUGUUGGCAUGUGUUGUCAAGGGUAACAUUAAGCUUGGAAUGAAGAUAUUGUUUAUUACCAUUCACCCUCUGAGGUUUGGAGAGACCAUGAUGAAUUCCAUGGUAUUCAACGUUGGUAUCAUUCUGUUCUGCUCGCUGUCAGUUGCUCAGUUCUGUACAUUGUCGUUUGGAUUGUACGCCAAGUACACCUCAAGUUAUGCACUAUUCGGUGUCCAACUACAGAACUUGAGAGGCAUACAUUGGGGAUACAGUGCCUUUGUCUAUGUGUUUGAGACCUGUGCGUUCUUGACCAUGAUGUAUCUAGUUUACCGGCCGUAUAACAAGCAGAGAGAAAACAAGCUGCAAUUCAAGUGGUGA